UUGUCAUGAGAAUGAUUUAAUUCUAACAUUAAGUUUUUAUGAUGGUUUCUUUUGAGUUUAGGGAUUUAUAAAAAAGGCUCAAGUGCGACAACCAUAUGUCUGUGGUAUCUGAAGUGAAAAAAUGGAACACUGGGUGCUAGAAGGAGACCGCUACUCAUUUCUUCGCAGUGCUCCACACGCGUUCAACCUGCAGAAUCGUGAAGGGCCAAAUCGUGUGGAGAUCUUUGACAUCACUUCAAUCCCCAGCCAUCGUAAUGCCAUAUCUGAAACAACAUGCCUGUGUGACAUUUUUGGGGAUGACUGCGAGUCUUCGUUACUUUCCAGUAUCCCAGCCUCUGCAGCAUUUAUCAGGAGGGAAGUGGAUCAGUCUUUUCCAGCGGAUGAUUCCAAUGACUCUUCAGGAUUCUAUCACACUGCCAAUGGAUCUGAUUUAAGUGACAACACUGAAGUCAAUUACAACAUACUUUCUCCAAAAAAUAUCCAGAAUUUUCCCACAUCUGAGACCAGGGAAUCACGUUCAACCCCAGCUAAAUCAACCAUCUUGUCUCAUACCAAUAAUGGAUUUAAACCACUUGACUGCACACCGUCUGCAUCAAAAGUCAAUGGUAAUGACCUUUCACAUACAGAUAACUGGGAAGAACCACAAGUGUCAGUGAACAGUGCCCCAGUGAAUGAAACCGGAAUCACAAAUGAAUCUGAACCACAGUAUGUGAAUUCAACCACAGCUGCUACCCUGAUUAAUCCAGCAAAUGGACCUUCUAAAACUUCAUCCUGCUCUUCAGAAGAGAAAGAACCUGCUAUUUUUGAACAAGAAGGAAUUAUUAAAACACCUCAACAUUCAAGUACAAACCCAUUUUUAGACAAGCAAUUAUUUGAAUCAGUCAGUGAAUCCUUGGCAGGAUAUCCACAUGAACAAAAUAAUGUGAUGUCUUCUGAGAACAAAGAGAGUAUGGACCAUCAAUGUCCAAAAGAGCAAAACAUUAUCUUUUCACAAGGGUUACUGAACAGUGGCCCUGCAUUAGAACUUUCAAACCCUUCUCCAACAGAUUGCAGCCCUAUGCAGGAAAUGUCUACUUCACCUUCAAACAGAGAUAUUAAUUUUCUACUAAUAGCCAGUGACAUGACAGAUCCCAGAUUAACCUCCACCACACCUGUAAGCAGUGAAACUACCUCCACACCUGCAUCCACAGGUAGAUCUUCACCUGAGCUGCUGAAUUUGUGUUCAACUCAAGUUAAGCAUGCAUCAGAGUUUCCAAACUUGGAGGACACUUAUGGUGCUUCUUUAUCUGUAUCUACACUUCCUACCAGGGAUAAUGUGGAAAUAGAUUAUCUAACUGUGUCUACCAUUUCUACUGAAAUAAGAGAAAUGGUAUGUUCAUCCAUAGAUGGUAGAGAAAGACUGGAAAGACCUGAAAUCUAUGAAACCUGCUCUUCUCUUGAGCACUCAGCACCUGCUCACUCUCCACAACCAAUACUGAUUCACUCCCCUGUGGGUUACACCAUCAGUCCAUCACCUACAUGUCAUAAAAUUGUUUCUUCCAUUGAACCUGAAGACUCACUAACCUCCCCUGUAUCACCUGAGAUAAAUGAAACUUGCACUUCUUCUGAGCCCUCAGCAUCCGCUCACUCACCAGAACCAGUACGGAUUCACUCCACUGUGGGUGACAUCAUCAGCCCAUCACCUACAUGUGAGAAAAUUGUUUAUUCAGUUGAACUUGAAGACUCUCCAUCCUCCCCUGUAUCACCUGAGAUCAAUGAAAUCUGCUCUUCUUCUGAGCACUCAGCACCUUUUCACUCACCAGAACCAGUACUGAUUCCCUUCACUGUGGGUUACACCAUCAGCCCAUCACCUACAUUUGAGAAAAUUGUUUAUUCAGUUGAACCUGAAGACUCUCCAUCCUCCCCUGUAUCACCUGAGAUAAAUGAAAUCUGCUCUUCUUCUGAGCACUCAGCACCUUCUCACUCACCAGAACAAGUUCUGAUUCACUCCCCUGUGGGUUACACCAUCAGCCCAUCACAUACAUGUGAGAAAAUUGUUUAUUCAGUUGAACUUGAAGACUCUCCAUCCUCCCCUGUAUCACCUGAGAUCAAUGAAACUUUCUCUUCUUCUGAGCAUUCAGCACAUGCUCACUCAACAGAACCAGUACUGAUUCACUCCCCUGUGGGUUACAUCAUCAGCCCAUCACCUACAUGUGAGAAAAUUGUUUAUUCAGUUAAACCUGAAGACUCUCCAUCCUCCCCUGUAUCACCUGAGAUCAAUGAAAUCUGCUCUUCUUCUGAGCACUCAGCACCUUUUCACUCACCAGAACCAGUACUGAUUCCCUUCACUGUGGGUUACACCAUCAGCCCAUCACCUACAUUUGAGAAAAUUGUUUAUUCAGUUGAACCUGAAGACUCUCCAUCCUCCCCUGUAUCACCUGAGAUAAAUGAAAUCUGCUCUUCUUCUGAGCACUCAGCACCUUCUCACUCACCAGAACAAGUUCUGAUUCACUCCCCUGUGGGUUACACCAUCAGCCCAUCACAUACAUGUGAGAAAAUUGUUUAUUCAGUUGAACUUGAAGACUCUCCAUCCUCCCCUGUAUCACCUGAGAUCAAUGAAACUUUCCCUUCUUCUGAGCACUCAGCACCUGAUCGCUCACCAGAACCAGUACUGAUUCACUCCCCUGUGGGUUACGCCAUCAGCCCAUCACCUACAUGUGAGAAAAUAGUUUAUUCAGUUGAACCUGAAGACUCUCCAUCCUCCCCUGUAUCACCUGAGAUCAAUGAAAUCUGCUCUUCUUCUGAGCACUCAGCACCUUUUCACUCACCAGAACCAGUACUGAUUCACUCCCCUGUGGGUUACACCAUCAGCCCAUCACCUACAUUUGAGAAAAUAGUUUAUUCAGUUGAACCUGAAGACUCUCCAUCCUCCCCUGUAUCACCUGAGAUCAAUGAAAUCUGCUCUUCUUCUGAGCACUCAGCACCUUUUCACUCACCAGAACCAGUACUGAUUCACUCCCCUGUGGGUUACACCAUCAGCCCAUCACCUACAUUUGAGAAAAUUGUUUAUUCAGUUGAACCUGAAGACUCUCCAUCCUCCCCUGUAUCACCUGAGAUCAAUGAAAUCUGCUCUUCUUCUGAGCACUCAGCACCUUUUCACUCACCAGAACCAGUACUGAUUCCCUUCACUGUGGGUUACACCAUCAGCCCAUCACCUACAUUUGAGAAAAUUGUUUAUUCAGUUGAACCUGAAGACUCUCCAUCCUCCCCUGUAUCACCUGAGAUAAAUGAAAUCUGCUCUUCUUCUGAGCACUCAGCACCUUCUCACUCACCAGAACAAGUUCUGAUUCACUCCCCUGUGGGUUACACCAUCAGCCCAUCACAUACAUGUGAGAAAAUUGUUUAUUCAGUUGAACUUGAAGACUCUCCAUCCUCCCCUGUAUCACCUGAGAUCAAUGAAACUUUCCCUUCUUCUGAGCACUCAGCACCUGAUCGCUCACCAGAACCAGUACUGAUUCACUCCACUGUGGGUUACGCCAUCAGCCCAUCACCUACAUGUGAGAAGAUAGUUUAUUCAGUUGAACCUGAAGACUCUCCAUCCUCCCCUGUAUCACCUGCGAUCAAUGAAAUCUGCUCUUCUUCUGAGCACUCAGCACCUUUUCACUCACCAGAACCAGUACUGAUUCCCUUCACUGUGGGUUACACCAUCAGCCCAUCACCUACAUUUGAGAAAAUUGUUUAUUCAGUUGAACCUGAAGACUCUCCAUCCUCCCCUGUAUCACCUGAGAUCAAUGAAAUCUGCUCUUCUUCUGAGCACUCAGCACCUGCUCACUCAGCAGAACCAGUACCGAUUCACUCUCCUGUGGGUUACACCAUCAGCCCAUCACCUACAUUUGAGAAAAUCACUUCUUCAACUGAUCCUGAGGACUCACCAUCUUUCCCUGUAGUCACAAGGAUUGAUUACAGUGAUAUCUGCUCCUCUCCUGAUCAUUCCGUUCCAGCUCACUCACCAGAACCUGAAAUAAUUCACUCACUGAUGGGUUUUACCAUCAGCCCAUCACCUACACAUAAGAUAAUGUUUUUUUCAGUAGAACCUGAUGACCUACCAUUCUCCCCUGCCAUCACAGGAACUGAUUACACAGUAACACCAACACGCGGUAGAGAUUCCACACCUGUGUUAAGGAGCAUUACCUCCACUCCAAACAGCAGAGAAAAUUACCGUUCACCAGAGCCCAAUUCCCCAGCCCCUUCACUGGAAUUGAGAUCAGUCAACUGCUCACCUGAAAUCAAAACAAUAUCAUAUAGUGUUCUUCCACAAAAUACAAAAUCUUCUGGCAUCACAUAUAGCGUUAUACAAUCUGAAGAUUUAGCACAAUGCCCUGCAGUAGAGAAAAAUGUCUGUGGCAACUCUUCUGAAACUUCCAACUAUAUUUUUGGAAAUGACACCUCUGUCUUGCCUAUCUCAAGGAAUUUUUUGUCAACACCAGAGAGUAGAUCAAGGCCUUUAUCAGCUGCAUCAGACCAUACCAAACACACAGCACAACCCUACUAUCUCCAACCUGAGCCUUCUGUCACUCUUGAAAAGAAAGAAAAUCAGACUUUAUCCAUUAUCUGUGAUGGAAUUAAUCAUCCUUUCUCUAACCCAAUAGACCGUUAUAAUUGUUUUGAUGACCUUGCUGACACAAAGAUUCCCAAAAGCCUUGCAUCUGUCCCGGACGAAUGUAAAGGUAAUGGACCACCAGUUCUUAGCCAAAUGCAGAUCUUGCAAGCUUCAACCUCUAAAACCUCAGAUUCUGGAUUGUCCACAGAAAAAAUUGAGAAAAAUCAAGAAAUUGUCACUCAUAACACAACUGAUUUAACUGUCUGUGGAACACCAACUUCCAGGAGUCCAUGGGCCGCAUCUGCCGCAUUGCCAAAGCCAAUGAUAUCGGUACAGAUGAAGCAAUGCCAUGUUGAGGGUUUUGAUAGCAGCGAGGGAACAGAAAUGUUGAAAAAUUAUUCCCCAAACAGCAACAAGAGGCUUAGUCAAGUGCCUGUAGCAUUAAGACAUAGCCCAGGGGUUAUCAGAAGAGACAAUGGUGGUGAAUUUGACAGGCAGUCAUGCAGGGAAAAGGAAGAGAGUGGAAAGGAGGGGGGAGAGGGGGAGGAGACUAUAGGAGAGACUAGUUACAGAGGGGAACAGGUUGAACUGUCAUUUAGGGCCAGGAAUAGAAAAGGGCCUGCAGGCCACAGCCCAGCUCGCUCAUGUCAAGACCCAAAGUCAGGAAUUCCAGCUCGCUGUUAUUUUGAGUCGCACCCAACAACUCUGCAGCAACAGGGUCAGCUCAGAGCUCAGGACUCACAACAAAAGAAUAAGGUUGGCACCAGGAGGCUCCAGUCAGCUGCCCAGGGUAAAUACAGCAGUGCAGGCUUUCUUCCUCCUGAAUGUACUGGUGAGACCUCCAGCAUGGGAAGUGAGUUUGAUGAAGCAGACAAUGAAGUAAAGUGGUUUACAGAUCUGGCCUUCAGAAGCCUAUCUAGCCCUCAGGUGGAUUAUUUGGAUGUGUACAAUUCAAGUCACAGGUCAUCUACAAAUCUUUCACAGCCUUCGACCGUAGACAGCCCUGGUGCUGUUGCAUGGAUGACAUAUGCAGACUUGCAUGGCUCAACGUUACAUGAAAACGAUGGCUCAUCUUUUCUUCCUCGUGACAGCAUGGACCUAAACAAACACCUCGAAAUAGGGAGUUUUGAGUGUGUGGAUGUUGCAUUAGAGAACAAGGAUGAGUCCAGCAGAGGAAAGAGAACCGUACCUAAAAGGCAGAUCCAACUGUUAAGGCGGAACACAGUUGAAUCAAAAUAUAGAGGAAACACUGAACAUAUUUUGAAUUCACCCUCCACACAUAGACGCUCAAAAGACACACUUGUUCGUCAACAUAGCACACCAGCAUUUUUGCCAAAGGAAUUUUCCAAGGAGGUGCCAGAUUCACCACAAAAUGACAGGAAAAAGACACUGCAGAAGUCUGUGUCUUUAGAUGAUGGCUCCCCUAAUACACAAAUGGCGUCUUGCAUUAUCAAGAGUGUGUUGUCAAAGAAAAUGCAGGAUGUGCAGAAAGAGACAGCAAAAAGUACAGAUCCAGGUCGAUCUGCAGAUAAAAACAAACAUCCUGAUGUCAGCCUCAGCCCUUUUUUUGGUGUUCCAAGUACCAUGGAGGAACAUAGUUUAAGCCCUAGCCUGCAUUCUCAAUGUACGCUUUCAUCUGAAGAUUUAGCUGUUGGAGAGGAGAGAAUUUCACAUCGUCAGCUGAAGAAGUGUGCUCCAAAAGUUCCUCCAAAACCACUCUUAAGACCUGCAUUCUUUAAUACUGGGGAAGCUCGGGUAGCUGGCAACAUUACAAGGGAAGAAGCAAAGCCUAUAUUGGCCCAUCCACAAGUUGAUGACAAAAUGCAAAACUGCAAAAGUGAUGGGAAAGAGGGUGGAGGUAGCAACAUUGAAGAAAAGUACAAUAGGGACUCAGAAAAUGCUAGUAUCAGGAAUAAAAGUCCAGCAACACCAGCAAUUAGCUUGCCAAGCAAAAUGACAAGCCGAGACAUAAAGAAGUGCCAGAUGACACCAGAAAACCAGGAACAGCUGGCUGAAAAGAGUGUAUUUACAUCAAAAACCCCAGAAAUAACUUUGAAAACUUCUUCCAUCAAACAAAAAAAGACAUCCUCUCUGAAAGUAUCUCCGUCCCCUGACUUGGAACAGUCCAGGGAAAUUUCUGAAACUCAGACCAUGGAAAAAGCUGCAGAAGAUAUAAGCACCAGAUCUACCAAAGUCACAGAGACUGAAGACAAUGAUGACAGCAACAAAAAAUCUGUUAUACAUAGAGUUAGGGAUGUGAGGAAGUUAGUAAAAAACACGUACAACCUGUCUUUCAAAGCAUCAAAUUCUACCUCUAAUGCCGAAGACAUGGUCAUACAAGAGAAAAGAGAGAAGCCACCACAAACUCCUCCAGCCUUGCAAAUUGAAUGUAAAGCCAUCAGGUGGAAGGACAAACAAACACCAGGCAACAAAGCAUUGCACUGUCAUGAUGAAAAACAACCUGUUGACAGAUCAAAAAUAUUACAACAAAGGGUGUGUGCAGAGACAAGAAGAGAUGCUAAUGUGACUGAAAUAAAAUCCAAAGUCUCUUCACCAAAGACUAAGUCACAACAAAAAUUGCCAACUACAACAACAGAUGGAUUACCUGAAUCAGAAAGUAUUACUAAGAGAUCUUACAUUCACUGUGAUCAGAGUUCUAAGAUGCCUCCUAGACCCCUGAGUAAGGAGCGAGAAGUUUCUGCAUUGAUGGUUCUUCCAGACUGCAAACCCAAGACAAAGAACGUUGCCCCAACAGUCCUUGACUCUACUCAAAUGAAAGCUCCAAGCAGCAGCCACUCCGUAUCCAUGCUACUAAAAGAAAAAGGGAUGCAGGCUGAUAUUGGAGUGUGUGAUGUUAUCACUGAAGGUGCAAAUGCUACAGCUAAACAUGUCAACAGGCUUGAGGUACCUGUACAAGCCUGUUUAUCAGAAAUCAUUUUAAGUGAAGGACAAGUAAAAAAUACAUCAUUGCCUUGCAAUCCAACAGCUCUUGUGAACGAUUCAUCAAGAACAUCUCAACCGAGUGAGAGUCCCAAAGGAACACUGACAGAAACAUUUUUAAAGGAACAAGAAAGAAAGCAAAUAACUGCCACUUAUUUAGCAACAUCUGAAAAGCCAGAGAUGAGGUCUUUUUCAUGUAGUACAAAAAAUAAUGCCACACCAAUGAACCCAUCAAAAGAGAUUGAGUUACCCAUUCAAGUGAGGUCAAUAUCCACUGAUAGACUAAAGACAUUUGUACCACCAAAACCCAGUUAUAAACAGUCAUUUGCAGAAAUUACGUCAGUAUCAAGUGAUCAGUCAAAAGCAGAUACUCAAGCACCAUCUGUUAUUACACAACAAACCAAGUUAAAUAGUGAAUCAAAGAAAAAUGAAACCCCAUUAACAGUAAAACACAAGGAUCAACCAAACGAGACUUCAUCAAGAGAUACAAAAGGACUGGCUGUAUCAGCUGUAUCAAGCUACAAACAACCAUCCAUCCCAGUCACAUCAACUCCAAGUGUUGUGCAAAAAUCCACCACAAAGACAUUGUUCAGUCUGGAUCAACAACAAUCUUCUGCUUUCUUGCAAACAACCAGCACAUGCCAGCAGCAAAGCCCAUCAUUCAGUCAAGACCAGUCAAUUCUAGAUAGUUCCUUUGCUUCUAACCCAUCAGGACCACAAACCCUAGGCCACACAGAAUCUAUGACAAGAGCAUCAUCUAAUAAUCGUUUUCACACAGAUGAGUAUCUUUUCUACGCUUCAGAUGAUCCUCCUAGCUAUGAUGAGAAAGAGAGUUUCAGCCCACUACAGCUAUCAGACUUACCCCCCCAUAGGUUAUGCCGGUAUCAUCCAACCACAAAGCAAUCUUCUUGCUCCUGUACACAAAGUUCUCAUUUACAUCAAGGACACCCCCACCACAGUCCACAGGAACGGGUACCAGCAGCUUCUCUGUCUCCAGGCCAAGUCCUUACCUGUCCCAGAGCUCCUCCGCAAGCUCAAGUUCGUCCUCGUCAGUGCAGACCAGAUGGUCUGCCAGUCUCCGAUACCACAAUACAACAUGCCUCUGCUUUGGUUCAGCCUCUUCACAACCCACGAGCUUGCCCUGUUUCAAACUCACAAUCCUAUGGUGAUGACCAACCACCAACUUCUGGGUUGCAUGUAGAUAGGCGCCCAGCUAAUCAUCCUUCACCUCAAGCAGCAGGUCCUGCUCCCUAUCAUGAGUAUUCUAAUUUAGCUAACAUGUCUAUUGUAGAUCCCAGGGCUCAGUUGUUUAAUCCCCAAGAUUAUGCAAAUGAAUGUCCAGGUGGAGCUGGUGAAUUGUAUCCAGAGACAACAACUGGGCUCAGCUGUGGCCAAGGUUCUCGCCGUGUCCUUCUUGAUCCUGAGACUGGUAAAUACUUCUACAUUGAGGUACCAAUGCAACCACUCAGAAAAAUGCUGUUUGAUCCUGAAUUGGGCCAGUAUGUGGAAGUUCUCAUACCACAGCAGGCAAUGUCCCAUUCAGGGUUGUAUCCACCAGCUGCACCACCCUACUCCUCUUUGCAUAGUCCUGGGUUAUAUGCACCUCAGUACCUGCCUUAUGCAGUGCCAUCUUACCCAGCAAUCUCAGGCAGUGCCCAGCAAGUUCGCCAUCCAGAGCCACCGCCUGUCCCCACCACACUUCACCAGACUUCCUUAAGGUAUGGAAGUCCUGCAAGCCAGAUGCCAAAAAAUGAACUAAAAGGCCAUUCAUCGCUGGAUCAAAGUUAUCUAGAUAGCAUGUAUUACAUCCCCACUGGGAUAAAUGCAAGUCCAAAUUCAACCACCUCAGACUGCUACCACGAGCCAUCAAGCAUGCCUCAUUCAGGGGGAAGAAGAGCAUGAAACAACAGUGGAUUCAUGUGGUCUGUUUACAUUUGAAAUCUGUUCUAGUUGGCAGCAUUUUUCAAUUAAGUGGAAUAUAAAAAUUAAUAAUGUCUAGCCAAAUGUUGUAGUUUCUCAGUUAUUAGACUCUGAUUGAAACAGUGUUGUUACGGCGCAUUUUAUUAUAACAAUUAAUGUGAAAGACAAUGUGUUAAUUGCUCAUGAUUGAAACCCAAGACCCAAAACAGCUUUGCUUCCUUUCUGUUUUUUUUUUUGUUUGUUUGUUUUUUUUACAUUUGACAUAUCACAGUUGUCACUGUCUGAUGUAAUUUCAGUGUAUCAUUUGGUCCUUCACUUUCCUUGCAUUGGCCAAGCUUAUGCAAUGGUAGGCCUUAUCUUGCAAUAGCUAUCAGGGUUUAACAAACCAUGUCUUCCUUGAAUAACCUUAAUGGUUAUAUAUUUCUGGAAGGAUUUUCACUUUUAAGUGACAUUAUUUAUCAAAUACAUGACAUACGUAAUAUGACAUGAUGCAAUUGCUUUGUGCAACACCUUUGAUGUGCACUGGGACAUGCAAGUAGAUGCUGUACAUUUGGGUAAAAGAAAAGAAUGUGGAUGAGCAACAUCCACAUACUGACAUAAUUUUCUAUCAUCCGAAGCUUUCCAUUUGCUAUUUUUUACACAUGGAUAUAUCCCAUUAAAGAAAACUGUCUACAUAA